GUUUGUUGUAUUUGUAGUUUUAUUUAUUUAAAAGUUUUUUGUCUGAAUUUCAAAUUUAAAAUGUCUGUCAAUAAAAUAACUAACAGUAAAAAGACUGUUUCCCCGAAAAAAUCUGAACGUUUACCAACGAGAGUGUCUCCGAGAAAGAAAAUAGUUAAAACUGUCUACGAUUUGGACAUAGCAUCAGGAAGUGGAGUAAAAUCUUCAGCCAAGAAAAGAAUUUCAACAUAUCCAUGGAAUGAAGAAAGAAUCCAAGAAAUGAUACAGGGUGUGUCAGAGUAUCCAGUCCUUUAUGAUAUUUCUCGUGAUGACUACAAGGAUGUCACAGUUCAUGCCCGUGCCCUUGAUGCUGUUGCUCAAAGACUGCCAUGUUGCACUGGUGCUGAUGUAAAAUCAAAAUGGGAAUAUUUGAGGAAGUGUUGGUUGAACGAGAGGAGAGAACAAAAUAAAGAGGAUCCAUCUGGCACUGGGACUGAUGACUUAAAGAAAAACCAACGCAAACCAUUUGCUUAUUAUGAAUCUAUGGGAUUCAUUUCCCCUUUCACCAAGUCAAGAGUGGGUCGCCAUACUAACAUUACUAACAAUAAAUAUUUCCAAACCGAUGACUAUGGUAAUGAAAACGAUGCUGAUGAAGCUGUUCAACAACAACAAACAGUUGAAGUAGUACAUGUUGAAUUGUCACUCGAUUCCAGUAAUUCGGUUUUUGCAUCAGAACAAACAAAGCAAAUUUUGCAAAACGGAACUUUUUAUUCGUCGGAUUCAGACCAAUUUGCUGACGAACGUAAUAACAGUGGAAUAGAAAACGGUUUUGCAGGAGAAUUCUUUGAUGUUGAAACUUCACUACAAUCUGGAUGUUCUUCUCCAUUAUUAAUACGCAGUCCUUCAAAGUCUACGAAACAUGCCGCUGGUGGAUCCAACAAGACAUCUGGAAAUUACAAGUCUUGCGCUGGAAAAGAGGCCAACCAACCAGCUAGUGCCACUAAGAAAAUGAUCAAGGGAAAAAACACAAUGCAAGACAUAGAUGGCCAAUUAAAUUUCUUAGGAAAAUCAAUGAUGGCACUUGUGGAAAGUAAGCCUGAAAAUCCACAACUGGAUGAUACUCAGAAAGACUGGUAUAGUUAUGCUGCCAACUUUGGUAUACGUGUUGCUGCCAUACCAUGUGAUGAUGCCCGCGACCAAAUUAGAUUGGGUAUGGAAAAUCUAUACGCUACGUACAAGAAGUGGAAGCCAUCAGUUUAAUUUUUAUAAAAAUUUUUUUUUUGUCUUUCAAAUGUUUAAUUGAUUUUAAUUUUGGUCUAACGACCUUUGCGACUGUUAAUGCGGAUAAAUAUUUCCUGUGCCAAUCUUCACUAAGAUAUUGCUUUACUUUGAAACGUUAUGUUCCUCCAUUUUAAAAUAGUUUCUCCCCGGCAUCAUUUUUUGUUCAUGAAUCGUUUAUUUGUUGAAA